AUGGAUAUGUAUUCUACCCUUUUUGGUGAUGUGAAUCCACCCCUUGUAAUCUCUCGCCUACUUUCUCUUAGUCGUGAACUUUCCAAAACUCAGGGAAAGAAGAAGCGCCAGGCAUUGGUGGUUUGGAUGUUGGUUUUAUUCUCGUCUACUAUCAAGGCCGGGAGAAUAAAACCAAUCUUUCUGACAAGCAUAUCUAGAUUCUCAGACAGGUAUACGAAACAACCCGGUACUGGGACGGCUCCAAACUUCCAGACAUUCGUCGCCAAUUACACCCAUUUUGGCCUUGGCAAACCUAACGACAGCAUCUCACCGUUUUAUGGUCUUUUAUCUCCAAGCAUGGAUCAAUACCCAAUUGCAGGGCAAGUAGAGGGGUGUCCACGGACUCAGAAGCGGUCUUUCGCAUCAUUCUUGACCUAUCUUCUGGGAGAGGCUUUAUACCAAAACCUGGGAAGGAGAGUCAUGAGCGGAAAGAAGCAAGUUUCGAGUUUGCUUUUUAAAAGAGAAUUUCACAAUUUGACAACGUUGAAUUUGAGAAGCGGAGUUCGGGAGAAUAUUUUAAACAUUGACAAAUACUAUAUGAAUUCUGUCUACUCGCUUGCUCUUUGGCUAAGCGCUUUGAAAGGUGCGGCCAUGCUCUAUGAAAGCAAACGAUUGCGGCAAUCAGCUACACAGGCCCGUAGUUUUCUAGGGUUGAUACUGGGCAUAGCGGGGAAUUUGUGGCGAGGUGUUGACAAGGUGGAGCCCAGAACCGCCAGAAGAUGCUGCCAAGCGAUUCAGUUCAAUCCAAAGACCAUGGCCUUGAUGGAAGCCUUUUCGAUUGAUUCUUUGCAAGGGCGAGGAUUCCGGCCCACACGAGAGCAGUCUGGCAUUUCGCAUUUCUUUCAACUCUCCAUCGUCAUAUUUAGGGUUCCCGCCUUCUAUCCUCCAUUAAGGGUAGAUUCAUGUUUCCAUAUUGCAACGAGAACUCUCUGGCUUGCUCGCAUAGGCAAGGGUAGUGUUUUGCCUUCCUUCCGCCUCGCUGUCAACAUGGAUCCUCCGACUGCAGAAUUUUGUAGCUUGGUGAACGAGAAGAGUGUGCCUUCGCUAUCCUCCAACGCCGAAGGGCAUAGGCAUGAACAGAGCGCUGAGGCACUAUUGAUGUUGUCGCAACGGAAAUGUUUUGAUCUAGCAUUUUAUCUUUUCAGCGGGUCGUCAACUGAAUAUGCCACGAGGCUUGCAGUCACAAAUGAGGCAAGCGGAGUGAAAGCCUUGGAAGGAACAGGGGCGAUCGACACUAUUCAAUCCGUACGUAGACAUUGCAUUUUAUAUCUUUAUGAUAUCGGCCAGCGCAUCCCGUAUUCACCCAAGGAUAUUUGGCUAGGAUUUCUGGUCACUGUGUUCUAUUCUCUAGCUGCUUUUGAAGCCUCGGGAACGAGCUAUAGUCCACAUUUCUUGAUGCUCUUAGCCCGAAUAAGAUAUCCAGGAUUCAAAUCUAUUCAACUUCGAAGCCCAAGCAAGGGCAAGAAUGGACUUGGGAGGGUAAAAGGAGCCGUUCAUUUACCCACAACGGUCACUCUUCGGGAUGGAUUUUAG